AUGGCGCUCAUCGAGACCUCCCUCAUCUGGGUGACGUACGCCGUCUGCCUAGCCAUCAUCUUCUUCAUAUCCGCCAUCUUCGUCUUCGUCUACCAGAAGCCCGGCGAGCGAACCGUGGCAGUUACGAUAAUAUGCUGGAUCACUGUUCUGGCGCUGCUGGCGACUGUGCUGUUGAUGCCAGUCGACAUUGCGCUAGUCUCGUCGACGACUGCACGGAAGCUGGGAAGGAAGAAGGAUUGGGCGACACCAGACAAAGUCGACGACACAAUCCACACGCUCAAGAUCGUUUACUACACACUGUACAGCCUCGACGCCGUGCUUUGCCUACUGGUCGUACCUUUUACAUACUUCUACUACGAGGCUUACGAUGAGGGACAACAGACUGUCGCGGACAGGUUAUGGAGUGCUUUCAAGUGGACAUUCAGCUUCCUGCUGCUUUGUGUCAUUCUGUUCUUGGUCGGCUUCUUCGUGCCAGUAGCCAAGAAAGCAAGAGACGAGCACAAAGAUCUGGAUUACUUCAAGGACUUGCUGACCGAGAACCACGGUGAACGGGCCUUGACUUUCUCAAUUGGUGUGCUCAUGCUUGUGGGCACCAUUCUUUACUGCCUUUACACGGCACCCGGUCUUGCUCUACUUCCAGUGUCCCUGAUCAAAUCUGCCCCGAGAGUGUCAGCACCUCAGCUUGCUGAGAACACAUCCAGCCAGCUGGCCCAGAACCAGGAACGCCAGAGGCAGCUUGAGUUACGGGGAGAGGGUCGUGAAGGUGGCCUCGAUCCCCGUGAUCGCCGCGAACUGGAGGCUCUGAACCGCGAGGAGCGCACACUGAGGCGUCGCGAACGACUCGCAUCUGAGAACUCUGGUGAAGGUGCCAACUUCUUCAUUCGUGUCUGGCUGAAGCUGGAAGCGAUCUUCCGUCCACUCAAGCUGAUCUUUGGUCUGCUGAUUGGAGUCAUCACGCUCAUCAUCUUCGCUAGCAUGCUCAUCACGAUGGUUGACAAGAUCAAGAACUCAGUGUGCGGUGUCUCAUGCGGCUACCUGCUCGGCAAGACGAAGAUCUUCCAGCCCGUCAAUGCGCUACUCACACAUGCGGCCCGAGUCUUUCCAAUCGACUACAUCAUCUUCUUGCUCCUCACGCUGCUAUUCUUCGGCGCAACAGUGGUCGGCCUGGCUACAAUUGGCAUUCGCAUCCUCUGGGUCACCUUGUUCAAGAUCAGGAAAGGGCAUACGACUCCAAAUGCCAUGCUCAUGGCCACUGUGCUACUCACGCUUAUGGUUCUGGCGUUGAACUACAGCUUGGCGAUGGUCGUUGCGCCGACGUAUGCGACGUUCGGUCCUCAAACGUUCUGCGACCGGCCUUCGCACACUCCUGAUCUCCAGCCAGACUGCAGCAAGCACCACAAGGCGAUCAGACCAUGCUCUGAGCGUACUGACAACCCAGUUGCGAAGAUGGUCUGCACGCCAACAGUGAUCAGCACUUUCUUGAACCGCAUUACGGCCAACUUCCCAUACUUUGGUGUGGUCGACUUUUACGCGCAAUUUGCCUUCUUGGGCAUCUUCAUCAUCGUCUUUAUUGUCACUCUCUUCAGAGUGCCGAAGCUGGAUGAAGAACAACUCGAUGACGAUCUGCGUGAGGAAGAAGAGGAAGGUCUGCUGGCCAGUACUGGACGGAGAUUCGGUGCAACUUGGCAAGACAUCACCGGAAGACCCAAGGGUGUUCGCAGAUCUGACUAUGGUGCUGUGAGUAAUCGCGACGGAGCUGCGGAGGACGACUAG